UUCCCGGCCUGGGCCAGGCUGCUGUGGGAGUGUGGCCCUCCUGGUGAGGGUGGGUGGCUGCCCUGGCAGUGUGAUGGAGCCCCCCUGGUGACAGCGUGCACCUACCUGGCCAGAGACGGGGCCUGUCUCCCGCUCAUGCUGGACCUGGUGCGGUAGUGUCCGAGUAGCACCGUCAUUUCCUUAGAUUUGGCCGUCCUUGAGGUUAUGGAUCCUGCUUUCCUCCCCUGCUUGGGAGGUGUUACUGGCCCAUUGGGUCUUCCCCUUCAGACCAUCAUCUGUUCCUCCUAGCCUUGUUACAGGUGCAGGUGCGAUGCCUCCUGCGACCUGCAUCUCGCACAGUGAAUUCCUUGCUCACGCCAGUUGCAGUUCAGGUGUUACAGUAAAUGUUCACUGCAAAACUCUCCUGAAAGGGUCUAAACAUCUGCAUCGAUGGUGUCCUGAGGCUGGUAAUACCUGUGUCUGUCUUCCUACUGGGAAAACUAGAAGGCUCCCUCUGACAAGGGGCUGUUUCGAUGUGGUCCUUAGUGCCUGGUUACUGACAGAAGGAGAGUUACACCUAUCACUAGCAAUCUUUAAAAAAAAAAAAAAUUUUAGUUCUCAUCUACUAAUUGUGAUCUUUCUUUCUUUCUUACAUUUAGUUCUGUCUGACCGGUGAUGUUUGGCUAGCCAAACCUUUUUUUUUCCCUGUCUGUAGUCAGUGUCUCAUUCUGGUUUGUUUAUAUGAAGGUGAUGUUGUGUUUUGGUUUGUAAACUUGCAGAGAAGUGUGUAGAGAGGCUCAUAAGUUUGUGGCACUGUUUUUUUGUUUGUUUGUCUCUCUUGUUUUGUUUAUAGAACAAUAUAUUAGUUUUUGUUGAAAUCCUUGCCCUGUUCAACAAAACUGAAGUUGAGAUACUGAGUAAAAGCUUCUGUAAUCAGUUGCCCUCUUUAACUCUUUGGAACCUUAAACUGAUUAUUCAGAGGCGCCUGGGUAAAAAAAGCAUAGUAAUUGGAGGAAAAAAAAAAAGUAGGUGUUCUGAAGCAUCCUCUUCUUCUAGUAUCCAGAAAAGAUUUUUGUAGUUAAAUUAUAAUAGAAAAUGUUUACCUAUCCUGUCACCUCCUUAAAAGGAAGUUUCAAAUUAAAUCUGCUAUUGCCUAACCAUAACUUUCAACUAAACCUCUUCUCUGAUAUCCCAGGCAUGGGUUGAGCAUGAUACUGUGCUAUUACAUGCACAGAUAGAGCAAAAGAUACUGAGAGAAAACAGCAAGAGAAUAUGUGAUAAUCCCAUCUCAAGUACAAGUCUAGGUCUGAAUUGCUGCAUUCUUGAAAACUGGCCUGAUUUGCAAUCUUAGUAGUCUGACUGAAAUGAUAGAACUUCUCUUAACUGCUCCUUAGCAACAGGUAUGGGUUUACAAAGUAGGUUCUAGGAUAUUCUAGCACUCGAAUGUGGUGUUAUGAGAUGUUACGUUCAGGGGCAGUGCCCUAAUAAUUGAAGGCCUACUGUCGCUACACCAAGUCACAUAGGGAAAACGCAAAUUAGUAGUUGUUCACAAGUUUUAGUUCUAUGGGUUUUUUCCCCUUCCCCCUUCCCCAGAACCUUUGAUCUUGAAGAUGGUGAGUAGCCAGCCUAAGUACGAUCUAAUACGGGAGGUUGGCCGUGGCAGUUAUGGUGUGGUGUACGAAGCAGUCGUCAGGAAGACCUCCGCACGGGUUGCGGUGAAAAAGAUUCGCUGCCAUGCUCCAGAGAACGUGGAACUAGCUCUGCGUGAGUUCUGGGCGCUUAGCAGUAUCAAGAGCCAACAUCCCAACGUCAUUCAUCUGGAGGAGUGCAUCUUGCAGAAAGAUGGUAUGGUGCAGAAGAUGUCCCAUGGCUCCAGUUCCUCCCUUUAUUUACAGCUUGUAGAGACCUCAUUAAAAGGAGAAAUAGUCUUUGACCCCAGAAGCGCUUAUUACCUUUGGUUUGUAAUGGAUUUCUGUGAUGGAGGAGAUAUGAACGAGUAUCUGUUGUCCCGAAAGCCUAAUCGCAAGACCAACACCAGUUUCAUGCUUCAGCUCAGCAGCGCUCUGGCUUUCCUGCACAAAAAUCAGAUUAUUCAUCGUGAUCUCAAACCUGACAAUAUUCUGAUAUCGCAGAGCAGGAUGGAUGCUAGUGACUUGGAACCUACCCUGAAAGUAGCUGAUUUUGGGCUGAGUAAGGUAUGUUCAGCUUCAGGACAGAAUCCCGAAGAACCAGUCAAUGUAAACAAGUGUUUUCUAUCUACUGCAUGUGGGACUGACUUCUAUAUGGCCCCUGAAGUCUGGGAAGGACACUACACUGCCAAAGCGGACAUCUUUGCCUUGGGGAUUAUAAUUUGGGCAAUGUUAGAAAGAAUCACAUUCAUAGAUACGGAAACAAAGAAGGAACUUCUGGGGAGUUAUGUCAAGCAAGGGACAGAAAUUGUGCCCGUUGGAGAGGCACUUCUAGAAAACCCUAAAAUGGAACUACUCAUCCCUGUAAAGAAGAAGUCGAUGAAUGCUCGAAUGAAACAGCUGAUCAAGGAAAUGUUGGCUGCCAAUCCACAGGACCGUCCUGAUGCUUUUGAAUUAGAACUUCGAUUGGUCAACAUAGCUUUUAAAGACAGCAACUGGGACACGUGACCUACAGAGUAGUUGGUCUCUUGAUAGAGCUGCUUUUGGUCUUACUAAUGGUGCAACUUUAUGGCAGUAAAAGAAACAAGCCUGAGCUCAAACCUUCAGGGUUUGUUUUUUUAUUGGCAGAAUUUCUUUUGAGCUUCUUAAUUUAUGUGAACUUGAGUUGGCCACCUUGUUAAAGAUACGCUUGUGUGUAACAUCCUAGUCUUACACAUAUAGACGUAAGAUGUGAAGAUGUUUGUUUGUAUAAGUUGGCAGCAGAAUGUCGUAAGAUCUGAGACUUGAUUUCCAGCAAUAUGUCAUGGAGUAUUUCAUACAUUCCAGUUUCCUAUAUCAGUAUUAGGAACUCUCAUGGAAAGAGGUUUGCAUGCUGGUAGUGCAAAUCUUUGGGCUUUCUGUGUAUACGUUUAUGUACAUGUGAGUGACUGGGAGUGCAUGCCUGUUUGUGUUGCAUUCCAUAGAGAAAAUGCCACUCUUAAAUUAUUUGCUAUGGUCUGAAUGAUUGGGAUCUGCUAGAAAACUGGGUGAGGAAGAUUGAUGAGAAGCAUUCCUUCUCCAAAACUGAAUGACUUUAUUAUUUAUUUUUAUUAUCUAACAUUAAAGAUGGGGUCUGAGACUUGACUUUGUAGACAAAAAAAAAAAAGCAAUGCAAAGGGAUCAGCAGUUUUAAAAGUGCUGAGAUGGUUGAGCUUAGCACUUGCAGCUUAAUGAGCUUAUCGCUGAGGGAGUCAGACCACAAAUGUAUGGAAUCAUGUGCUAGCAUGUUGGUUAGCUCAUUAAUAAUUCAAUUUCUUCUAGUAAUCAAAAACUUUAGUUAGUUAAUCUACAGUUUCAUAACCUGCCUUCUACUCUUACAUCUGUAAUCCAGUAGCAACUGGAAUGCUUACAGUAGGAGAGUUCUGUGAGUUUGGCUUAUGGAAGCGUAGACACUUGGUGAGGGAGUCCAGCAGCUGAAGACAUUAUUUUAAGAUCCUUCAAAAUAGGGCUACAACACAGUGUUUCCUGGUAACUGGAUCUAACCAAUAUAUUGGUUAUGGUCUCUUCCUUUCUUUCUGGCACUGCUUCUAACCUGGUAGUGAUGAGGUGAUAAAGGGAUGAUUUUGUCAUGUUAAACACACCUAUUUUCAAAUAUGGGAGAAAGUGCUUAGUAGUCAGUAUAUGAAAAGGUGUUUCAGUUUUGUGCAAUAACCUUGGCCAAUAUUUGGAUUUGUUUUCCUCCUUUUAAGAAAGUGUAUUUAUUUAAAACCAUGGAGGGUAAGACGAAAAGCUUUGAAGUUGUUGAAAGGCUUAGCCCCAGCUCUUAUUCCACAGAAACAAAUUCAUAUGCUGAGAGAAUUUUCACUAAGGUUACCUAGCACUGUAGGGUAGACAAAAGCUUCUUUGUGAUGGUAUAAUAAAUGCUUUUUUCCUGUUGGGUGCAGGAGCAUGACCUUCCUCAUCCAUUUGAUCUUUUUGAAAAAGCAGAGACUUUAAAAAUGGCCUUUAAAAGGCAGAUACAUUAAAGCUGCAACCAAGUCAGUUUAAAAAAAAAAAAAAAAACCAAAAACCGAAGUUACUUUUUUCUCCAAUCUUACCUGGAAACUGCCUUAGCAAUUUGGAAUUUACUCAUCGGACACUGUUCCCGCUUGCUUCUGUGAGUAUCCCAGAGAGUGAUUCUGAUCAGUUGGUGUUUAUUUUGCCUGGUGCAUGAAUUAGCAGCACAAAAAAAGGAAAAAUGUAAUUUUUUCUGUUGCUGUUGUCCUUCCAAAAGUAAAGGAAAGGGUCUCAUAGCAUGGUUACUGAUUCUACCAAACCAGUAGGUCUCAGUCUUACAAAUCUCCAGAACGUCUGAUACUUUAGACUACUGCUGGUUCUUACCUGGUACUGCGUAGUCUAGCAGUUACUCCAGGGUCCAUAGUCCCAUGUUUGUGUUAUUUUGCUUCACUUUAUUUAAGGCAAGUUACCUAAACCGUGACUUUUCUUUUUUUAGACAAAUAUACCUUCCUCUCUCAAAGCAUAACAAUAUUGGUUGUUUAGAAGCUGCUAUAGAAGGACAAAGUACUUAUCAGAAGACGAUGCUCUGCCGUACUGUGGUAUUACUGAACACCGCCAAGAGGAGCCUCACUCUAGUAUAGAGGGGCCUGGCCUGCGGUGGCCGGAUCACGCUGGCUGUGGAUACGGUCUGUUGUCUGUGUCGCUUUCCCAGUGCUGCUGCCUCUUCCCUGCAGAGAGCUCAGUCUAUAAAAGUGGACUGAGAGUCUAUAUAUGAAUAAUGACAAGGAGAGAUCUGUUUAUUCUUCUGUUCUACUAGUGGAGAUCUGUUUGUCUCUUUUUUUUUUUUUUUACUGAAUUUGGUACAAUUAAAGCUUUGGCUUGUUGUUACUGAAAGGAGGAAAACAAACCUCUUGCCAUCUUUGCCAACACUAUUUUACAAUGCUUGCGUUCUGCGUGGUCAGUGAAUGAGGGUCAUGUAUAGUCUUUCAUCUUAAACUUGAGUUUCUAAAAAUACAUUGCUAACUUUCUUUUUUUUUUCUCCUGCCCAUCCAAAAGUCAGAAUCAACUGUUAUCUGAAAGUAUUAAUCUCCUAUGGAAUAACAGCACUUACUUUUAAAGCGCUUUGCAAGUCAUUUGGUCAUCCUCUGUAGCGUUUCAGAGGACGAACGCUGAAUGUGCUGCCUACCUGCAGCCCAGAAAUUCGCGAUAACAAACUGCGCAGCCAAGUUCUUGACUCCCAAAGUGUUUCUUUGCACUGAUUGCCACUUUAAGGGGUGGGGGUACCUGAAAUCCCUCUCGUGGUGCUUAGCCUCGAUGUGAGCUGAAGCUGAGUGUUUUCUUGGUUAACACUGAAUGAUAGUCCUUGAGGUCUGUGUUCUGUGUUUUUUGUCUUUUGUUUUUUGUUGUGUCUGAGGUCUUAGUUUGAUUUAUCAAAGGUUUUAAAACAGUUGUAGCAGCUACAGAAUUAUUCACCAGCAUGACACAAAGUCAAGAUGCUCAUCAGCACUCAGAGAAAAUACUUUCAAAACUUUAAAAGUUGUAAAAUAUAUUUUAUGAAGAAUUUAUAAUGGGGAAAAUUAUUGUGUAAUUUAUUAAGUUCAUGACUGUUUUUGAAAUAAAAA